ACAAUAAUCUACUACCAAACACUGAAUUGAAUCUACCACAUAACAUCCAAAUAACUCCCUAGAAAGGAUCUUCAAAAUGCCACCCAAAAAGGUCCUCAUAAUCCUCAGCGACGCGACCUCCUUCCCCCUGCACAAUACCUCCUCCGGCACGCAAGAACAACCAACCGGCUUCUUCCUCCCCGAACUCGCCAAACCACUCUCCAAACUCCUCUCCGCCGGCCACGAAGUCACCUUCGCCUCUCCUAAGGGUCAAACCCCUCAACCCGACCCGAACAGCGAAUCCCUCCUCACCUUCGCCGGCAACUUCUACGAACGCCGGCGCGAACAAGAGCUCAUCGAGCGCAUGCGCCGCGAGAACGGCUUUUCCUCGCCGCGCCCCUUCGCUAGCAUCUCCGACGACGAACUGAAGACGUUCGCGGCGGUGUUCAUCCCAGGCGGACAUGCGCCGCUCGUAGACCUAGGUGGUGAUAAGGAGCUGGGCAGGAUCUUGAGGUACUUUCAUGGGGAGAAUAAGCCCACGGCGGCGAUCUGUCAUGGGCCGUUGGCGUUGUUGAGUACGAGGGUUAGUGGGGAUGGGGAGUUCGUGUACAAGGGGUACGAGAUUACGUGUUGGAGUGAUGCGGAGGAGAAGGUUAUGGAGACGUUGUUGAGGGGGGAGAUUGAGAAGGUGGAGAGUCAGUUGAGGGAUGCUGGGGCUGUGAUGGUAGAGGGGGGAAGGGAGAAGUUGGGUAAGACGACGCUUUGUAGGGAGUUGUUGACGGGGGCGAAUCCGUUGGCGGCGGAGGAGUUGGGGGAGAGGUUUGUUAGGAUGGUUAGUGUUUAGAUUUAUUUAAUUUAUUUACUAGCUAGACUUGUUGAUAUGUUGUUGAGGAAUAGGUGUAGUGUACAAUAGUUUGAAUACUUCAUUGCUUUGUGUGGGUAAAUAUGUGGACGAGUAUAUUCCCAUCCAUGAUGUGGAACAGUAGAUCAAUCAAUCAAUCAUCAUCCGUGUUCUCCUCUGCUUCUGCCGUGCAGAUGAACUGGGGACCAAUAGUAUAACAACACUUCACAGUUCCACCCUGGGGACACUGAUCCGUCCACUCAAGUCCAUCCAUCGACUGGCCUACAACGAC